GAAAGUCAACCAAAUGUCAGAGGAUUAAGGUGGGAUGCAGGGAAAUCCCCACCAACAGUGAGAUGGAGGUUGUUGGAUACAUCCAAUCCACGGCAAUGAAAAGAUUCAAAUAAUUUAAAGAAAGCCGAUAUAGCGCACCUCACAGUGACUCAUAAGGCAGUGGGCGGAGCAGAGAUAGUUAGCGAUACCCUGCUGGAGAGCAUUGUGGCUGAAGAAAAGAGGCUUUGUUCACACGGGCCAAGUAGUGACAGAAUCACAUCAUCUAUUCCUGGAUGGAAGAGACAUUAACGCUGUUCAGACAAGAAGAUGAUGACUGAAUUGUAACAUCACUUAAAAAAAACUAUUAAACAUAGUUUUUAUAUGUCAAGUUGAGGAUAACAUUGUUCCACAUUAUUUUUUUAACUUUUGAGGUUGUUACAGGUGCUACAUUUGUACACCCUCCUUAUAUGAAGCCAUAUAUAUUAUGUUCCCUUCUAAUUAAGCGUGCUACCCAUCCACUGACUUUCCCAUGAGAUGAAUGGGUCUUGUUACUGGUCACUAGGCAUCUAUGCUGGCAGCAGUGGGAGGGAGGGGAGGAGGGGGGAAGCUGUCCUGCAUCAAUGCCCCUGUUGAUCAGAAAAGACCACUAGACUGCUAAUGACACGCUUCACUGAUCAGACCAGGAGAAAAUAAAACUCAGCUUCCACCUCCGUUCCUAUUUAAGCAAGACGUCCGCACUGAUCUGGUCUACCUCAGAUACGACACCUGUCUGGAGUCUUCGGGCUGCGGGAUCCCACCAUGGUUUGGACUGCUGCUCUCCUCGUGAUUGUGAUUUCAUACGUUAAUUCAGAGGACUACUGUUACGGUGAGCCACACUGUGAUCCUUAUGCAUGGGGAGACAUGUUCCCGUCUUGUCACCCUUUACUUGAAGAGCAUCACUCUCCCAUCAAUCUGGACCACCAGAUGACCAGAAACGAGUCUCUGAGAUCUUUACAUCUGGAGGGCUUUGAUGUGAUCCAACCGGGCCACUGGGCGCUUAAAAACGACGGACACUCUGGUGAAUACACCACACAUCCUGUCAUGACCAUGUAUAUUAUUGUGUUGGUGAUUACACCGUUCUGGUUGUUCUCAGUCGUGCUGCAGGUUGGUGGUGGCAUGUCAGUGAGCGGUGGAGGUCUUCCAGAUGUUUACCACACUAUCCAGCUGCACUUCCACUGGGGAGGCCCGGCCACUAACGGAUCAGAGCACACGGUGGACAGACGCAGAUACCCGAUGGAGAUGCACAUAGUCAACAUGAAGUCCAUCCAUCCGAAUCUGACAGAGGCCUUAGGCGAUCCAACAGGACUUGCUGUUCUUGGAUUCUUCAUUGAUGUUGUUUACGCAGACCAUGUGCACUUUGGACUCGUAUCCCAAAAGCUCUCCUCUGUUGCUUAUAAAGGCCAAACUACUAAAAUCGAGCCAUUCCCGCUGAUGAACCUUCUGCCAAAGCACAACAUGAGUCAGUAUUACCGGUAUUACGGCAGCCUCACCACCCCUCCAUGUUCUCAAGCGGUUGUAUGGACUCUGUAUGAAGUCCCCAUCUACAUCUCAUGGUCCCAAUUGGCUCAGUUUACCUCACAGAUCUUCUCUACAGAGGAGGAUGCAGAGCAGGUGACACCUCUGCAGAACAACUUCAGACACAUCCACCCUACCUUCAGUCGCAUUGUCUCCGUGUCCAAAGAUGCCAAACUCCUCACAGGGACGGCCAGUUGGCCCCUCAGGUCCGCUGUGUCACUGCAUCUGCUUCAAAUCAUCUUGCUGGGAAGCUUCCUUUCUGGACUUUAACGACAUGUUAAGUCCAAAUCAUGAAACACUGCAUCAAUAAACAAAGAUGUAUUUAUCUGAAAAUGACAUUUAGAUGAUGUCCAGCAAAGAAAAAAUACAUGAAACAAACUAUGAAGAAAAGUACUGUAAACUGUUGAGUUGUUACUAAAAGUUUCAUGAUUGUGGCCUGCUUUCUGCAGGAUUAACUCUAUUAUUGAGCUAAAAAAAAUGUGAUAAAAUAACAUGCAUCAUUAUUAACAGUUUAAAAUAAUGUGAAUUUAGCAUUGAAAUGUGUUUUGUGAUGGCAGCCAUGUGUGCAUUUAUGACUAGGCCUUUUGCACUCAUAGCAUAUUUUUAAAAAAGGUACAAUCCUAAUACUAUAUAUUGUCUUUUCAUUUGGCUUUGGGUCAGACAUUGUAACUCCACAAAAAUGUGGAGAAAUGUUAGUGAUAGUCUAAAUCGACAGGAUUCAUUUAGGGGAUUGCUCCGGUGCCAGAUGACCCUUAUUUUCGGCCGGAUGUCCGUCACCUUCCGCUUUGUUUGAAUUGGCAUUCUAAACUCUGGUUGAUUUCUGAGGAGUAUGGCUAACUGCUCCUCAGAUCUCUGCAGUGUAAAUCCAGACAGCUAGCUUGACUAUCUGUCCAAUCUGAGUCUUCUGUUGCACGACCAUUGGCUGUAAAUAUUAUUAAUAUAUACAGUCUAUGUGCACGACUUAAACAACUUUUGAACGAGCACACGUCCCCCCAAAACAAGUUCCUUCCCGAGGCAAUUUUGCAGAGGCGCCCCCAAGACGAUUGUGAUUGGUUUAAAGAAAUGUCAAUAAACCAGAGCACGUUUUUCUCCUAUCCCGGAACGCUGUGUGGACUAGAAUGCGAGAGUGAUAAUAGUAAAAGAAAACAAAAAAAGAUACAUUUAGUUUAAGUGAAAAGUUAGAAACAGGCUAAGCGUCUACUGCCACGCUAGCAGCUCUGUGAGUGAGGCUGUACUUGAGCUAAAUGCCAUCGUAAGCUUGCUAACAUGCUCACAAUGACAAUGCUAACGUGCUGAUGUUUAAAGGUGUUUAAAGGGAUAGUUCGAUUUUUGUUAUUGGGUUGUAUGAGGUAGCCUACUUAUCCAUAGUCAGUGUAUUACCGGACUAUGGAGCUCAUAGAACUCCACUUCAAAAAGUUAGUUCACUGUCUUAAUUUAGCAUGUUAGCAUUCUAACGUUUGCUAAUCACUUAUUUGUUUGCUAAUUAGCAAUAAACACAAACACAAAGUAAAGUACACCAGAGGGUGAUGGGGAUGGCAUUAGUUUCGCAGGUAUUUGAUCAUAAAUUAAAGUAUGGGACAAAUGAAAAUGUUGACCUGAUGAUGGCACUUGAUGGAAAGUUGAAAUACUUCAAUAAAAAAACAAAUGUAAACCUCAUGGUGGCCCUAUAGCAUG